UCACAUAACAAACGUGUUGAAUUGUUGCUACUGGUGAAAACGUCUGCAUGUUGUUGUGGUGUCAUGAACAUAACCUAGCUUUUACAAUGGUAACAUAAUUUGUAUUCAAAGAAAUAACUAAAUUUUUGUAUGGAGUAAAUUUUUGUAUGAAAUGAUAUAUAUGUUUAAUAUUUAUAGUAUAGUGAAUUAUAUCAAGAGUGGAUGUAAAUUUUCGAAAGCAGUGCGUCUUUUUAGUAGUAGUGACACUGAAAAAUUAUUAAAUAUAAUAUCAAAAAUGCCUAAAAAUACUACACACACUGUAGCCUUGAAGAAACAUCGACAAAAAUUAAAGGAAAAGGGUCAAAAGUAUGCUCCUGGUACAGUUACCCUUCAGGUACUUGGCAGUGGAGCAAUUGGAGCACCAAGAUCUUUAUAUGUGUUUACUGAUCAGUCAAGGUACCUGUUUAAUUGCGGAGAAGGCACCCAACGUUUAGCCCACGAACACAAGAUGAAACUGUCUAAACUAGAGCACAUUUUUGUAACUCACCCGAGCUGGGAUAAUAUUGGUGGCCUUCCUGGUGUAUCUCUGACUAUACAGGAUGUUGGGGUUCCUCAGAUAACCAUUCAUGGACCACAGGGCACUGACGAGAUAUUUGUGGCAACACGCAAGUUUGUGGUUUUGAGGCACUUAGUCAUCAAGAUGGCUUCAUGUGACAAGAACUCUAGGUUUGAAGACAAUGUAAUGAAGGUCCAAUAUGUGCCUCUGUAUACUCCAGCUGCCAAGAGGUGGCUAGCCACUCCUGCUUCUGAGAGGUCUCCGCCAAGAACCCCAGAGUUGGUAUUGGGCUCUGAGGACUCUACAGACGAUGAUGUGGACUACUACUCGUACUGGCAAACUGGGUCCCGGCCAUGUUCUCCUGACCGUGAUGGCAGUCCUGGGCGUAAAAAGAAACGCAGACAUUUGUCACCAGAGUCACGGGCAGGGAGAGAUGACCGGCCACCCCCUGGCAGUACCAGUAUGGCGUAUGUUUGUCGCCUCAAUGAUCGGCCCGGUACGCUGAACCUGCAGGCUUGUGUGACCCACGGCGUACCUCCUGGUCCACUCCUUGGAAAACUUAAGGCAGGGGAAGAUGUGACCCUGGCUAAUGGCACAGUUGUACGCUCUAAGGACGUUACCUCCCCUGAUGAACCCGGGCCUGUAUUCAUCGUUUUGGAGUGCCCUACUGAAGAAUUCUUGGAUAGUUUAGAAGAGGAGGAAAUGUUCAAGCAACAUCAAGCCAGUUGUACUGACUUAAACAAUACAGCCUAUCUCGUUGUUCAUUUCACUCCUCCUCAUAUCAUGGCCAAUCCAAGGUACCAAGGUUGGAUGUCCAAAUUCUCGCCCAGUACUCACCACCUGGUGCUCAAUUCCAGUAAUCAUUGUAUGGGCAGUGUAGCAGUACACAGGAUACAGCACAAGCUACACUUGCUGGACCAGCAGAUGUUCCCACUGCUGGGUGACCAAGGCAUUCCUCUUGUUGCUGGGCAUUGUUCCACCAAGGCAAUGGAAGUGAAUGGAGUGGACGACAUCAAAAAAUUAUUCUCCAUCAUUAAAGGCAACACCAUCACCAAUAUUUCUCUUCGUCCUCAGAGGAUUCUUGACAGUUCCUCCAAGCUGGUGCUAGAGCCUGAGGUGUACCGACAGGAAACCCUGGCUGUUGAAGGGUUCCCGGAGGCUCUGAGAAGUCUCAAGGAGCAACUAACAUCGAUAGAAGACAACCAGAGAGAGUUCCCUCAGGUUGUGUUCUUGGGCACAGGAUCUUGUAUACCCAAUAAGACUCGAAAUACAAGUGGCAUUCUCAUACAUCUCAGUGACACCAUCUCCAUGAUAGUGGAUUGUGGUGAGGCAACGUACGGUCAGCUAGUGCGGCUAUAUGGCCAAGCCCGUGCAGAUGACGUUUUACGCAACUUGCGUGCUAUCUACGUCUCGCAUCUGCACGCUGACCACCACAUAGGGUUGGUAGGACUGCUGAAGGCACGGAUGCGUCUGGGUGGGUUGGCGGUCUUGUACCUGCUAGCCCCUCGACAGAUACGACCUUGGCUGCACACUUACCACCGUCACUUUGAGCCCAUUCUUCCCUCCUUGCAACUGAUACCCAAUGGUGAACUGCUAUACAACGACUGCACAUUAGAAGACGCUACCAUGAGUCAGCUACUGGAGUCCGUGGGUUUGACACAAGUCCAGACAUGUUAUGUCAAGCAUUGCCCUAACGCGUUUGGCAUUGCCCUAACACAUCCUGAUGGUUGGAAGAUCACAUACUCCGGGGACACAAUGCCUAGUGAUGACCUCAUCAAGCUGGGUAAGGACAGUGAUUUGCUGAUUCAUGAGGCUACAAUGGAGGAUGACUUGGAGGGCGAAGCAAGGCUGAAGAUGCACUCUACUACAAGCCAAGCCGUACAGGUUGGGCGACAGAUGGCUGCCCGCUUUACUCUCCUCACACACUUCAGCCAACGGUACGCUAAAGUGCCCAUCUUCAGCGACAGCUUCACCGCCAAUGUUGGGAUUGCCUUUGACAACAUGCAGGUGCGCCUGAGUGACCUGCCCAAGUUGCCUCUUAUGUACUCUGCUCUGAAACUGAUGUUUGCUGAACAUUACGAGGAGAUGGAGUUGAAAGCUAUCAAACGCCAACUGCAGCAGGAGCGGGAACUGACCAGAGUCUCAACGUAACAAAUAACCAUUGUAUAAUAUGUUAACAAUACACUUAGCAUUUUUGUACAGAU